AUGGCUAACUUUCGUACAGCAAUGUGUUUAUCUCGCGAUUCAGUCGCUAGUGAUCCAAAGACCACUGCAGCUCUUGGGCCGGUCGGUCCCAACACUUCGAAGCGAGCCGAACACCGACGAGACACAUUGGUAGCGCUGCAACAAGUUAUCAGGAACAUGAGCUUACAACGCAGCCUUGCAGAAAAUGAUAUCAUCCUCCAGCGUGCAGUCCUCGAUAACCAAAUCGCGCGGCUCUCCACCUUGGACAACAGUAUCCAGGAACUUCAGAAUGUGUGGGAAAAUAUGGCGGCUGGGUUCGGACUCGAUUCGAAGAAAUGA